CUCGGGAAGGCAAUAUGAUACCCAGAACAGAAACGGACGAUGAGAGUAUUAGAAAGGCUCGAGGCCUUCAAGGUGUCUGCUGGGGAAACGAAUACGAGCGAAUGAUUGGGGGCAUGCUAUAUACCCCUCUGGCCCCAGAGCUCAUAGAGGGUCGAUCACGAGCAAGGCAGCUGAUCGGGGAGUUUAACGCUUCUCUUUAUGGAGAUGUCGCUUCGGAGAAGACGAGUCAGCAGAGAGAGGAAGUCUUGAAGAAACUCUUCGGUCGCACUGGACGAAGCAUCUAUAUUGAGCCUCCUCUCUUUGUUGACUAUGGAUGUAAUAUCAGCGUCGGCGAGAGCUUUUAUGCCAAUUUCCACCUCACCAUUCUCGAUUGUGGGUUGGUCUCGAUUGGAAAUAAUGUGGAAAUCGGGCCAAACGUCAGUAUCAUAACUUCAGAGCACCACACCAUGAUCGAAGAGCGGAGAGCGAACCGAGGAUUUGAGUUUACAAGGAGUGUAGUCAUUGGGGAUGACUGCUGGGUUGGUGCUGGUGCGAUUAUUCUGGCUGGGGUGACAAUUGGCUCCGGUUGCUCAAUUGGCGCCGGCUCUGUGGUGAAGUCGGACAUUCCAGCGUUCAGUAUUGCUGUAGGAGUUCCUGCACGAGUGAUCCGGUCAGCUAAGCAAGAGACGACUGUGGAUUAA